CUACUCCUCUAGGAUUACUCGCCUAUUUAAUGGGCUAGGCUGAACCCCACCACAAUCACAAUCAAAUCCUCAACAUGGCUGAUAAUGCCAGUAGAGUUGUCUUUAUUGAUCUUACUAUUUCCGAUUCUUUUUCUGAUUCUUCUUCGUUGGCAUUCCCCUCACUUGGGUCCCCAACACCUGAACUCUCUUCUGGGCCUUCUCUCGCCUCUGAACAAUCAGUGACUUCUCCCUUGCCCAGAGAGGAGAAUCACCCUCAUCUCCCCCAACUGGCAUUAGGGGGUGCUCUUUUGGGUUCCAGUGCCCCUCCUAACGGUGCCAGAACGGAAGUUUCUUCUGGCUGUCCUGGCACGUCCCGUCCGCAGAAGAGACGCAGUCCCCACUCAGGAGCUUCCCGGUUGGUCUCUGACGAGAAAGGAUGGUUUGCUUCUAGUUCAUCCCUUUCUGAUUUCCUUGCCAUGGUGAGUAAAUCUCAGAGUGAAGUCAUCUUGGAUGAUGAUUUCUUCGCCUCUCUGGCUCAAUCCAACGACAUGGCUGGGUUGAGUCCUGACAAGUUCUCAAGACUUUAUCCGGCACCUCGUCUUCCUGCACCAUCUCCUCCUAGUCCACCCAGGCUUCCAUCCGGGAGGAUAGACUGGGACUCUAUGACCCUCCAAGACUUCGCCUUGUACCAGAGGAUGCGCAGGGCUAAACUUGGGCAUUCUUUGCCGUCUGUCGAGGCGGAACCUUCACGUGAAAGCCGAACUGCUUCUCCAAACUUGCUGAAGUCUCUCAAUGAUGGUUCUUCAUUGGGAGCACCAGCUCCCCGUCCUGGGACGUGGGAAGACUAUGACAUAGAGGAGGCAGCUGAUUCCGCCGCGUGCCCCUCGUCGAAGGGAAGGAGCCCAUGGAAGGGCCCCCCACCUCCUUCCUGUUGACUGCAUGGAUGCAAUAGGCCCUCCUUCAUUGCCUAGCCCCCUGCAAAUUAAAUUUCUUCUCCUUGUUUUAUUUCAAGAGGCAUUCACUUGUUUGGUCCAGGAGUUUUUCCUACAUCCCAUACUAAGGAAUGUCCUUCAAUUUCAGACUAGGAAUUAACGUUGUAAUUCAAAGAUACAACCUCCGAAUUAGCAAUCGAUGAACUCCCCAUUUUCUGGUUUUUUUAUCUCACUAGGAACCAUAAUU